AUCGCUUCCCCACACCAACGCGCAACAUCCGAGUUUUCCACCAUGUGCGAAGCAGCUUUUCCGGGGCAAGCGUUCCAAUUGAGCCUGCACGCGCCUCCAUGCGCCUCCAUGGGGUUGGCGUAUUUCUCCACACCUCCGCAUGACAAUAGUUCCAAGCCGCUUGUUGGGGUGGAAUAUAUAUAUCCAAUUUGACUCCCCUUCCCAUUCCUUCGAUCGUUCCGAACCACACUCUCCCUGGGUCACCGGUCCUAUCCUUGUCAUCAACUUAUCUUGGUUCCUCGGAAGCAGCAGGCACAGCUGCUAACCAACCUCAAGAUGGGUAUGCUCACCAUCAUCGAAGAUCGGCCAACGCCCAAGGCCGUCUACAACUGGCGCGUCUACACAGCAGCCUCAGUCGCAUCAUGGGCCGCCUGCAUGAUCGGUUACGAUUCGGCCUUCAUUGGAACGACUCUGGCGCUUCCCUCGUUUGUUGCGGAGUUCGGCUUCGCUAAAAUGAGCGCAAGCCAUCUCGCCCUUACAAAGGCCAACAUCGUCUCGGUAUACCAAGCUGGUGCUUUCUUUGGCGCCCUUGGAGCGUACGCAUCCAGCUACUACAUUGGCCGAAGGAAGUCUCUCCUGCUCUGGGUGCUUGUAUUCAUGUUGGGUGCCGGUAUGAUGCUUGGUGCUGAUGGCCAGCGGGGCCUUGGUCUGAUGAUCGGUGGGCGAGUGUUGGCAGGUCUUGGAGUCGGUGGAUGCUCAAACAUGGUACCCAUCUACAUUUCUGAGCUGUCGCCGCCUGCCGUGCGAGGGCGCUUGGUCGGAAUCUACGAGCUUGGCUGGCAAAUGGGCGGACUUGUUGGAUUCUGGAUCAACUACGGCCUUCAAGAGACUAUGGCACCAUCCCGCAGGCAAUGGACCAUCCCAUUUGCUGUUCAAUUGGUCCCUGCCGGUUGCCUGUUGAUUGGCGCACUCUGGAUGAGAGAGUCGCCCCGCUGGAGCUUCAGCAAGGGACAUCGCGAGCAGGCCAUGAAGGAUCUCUGCUGGAUCCGCAACCUCCCACGCGACGACCCAUAUAUUCUCGAAGAAGUCGAGGCCAUCGAUGCGCAAAUCGAGCACGACCGGGUUCACGUUGGCGCAGGUUUCUGGAAACCAUUCGCAGCGCUCAAAGAUUCAAAGGUGCUUUACCGCUUCCUCUUGGGUGGCGGCUUGUUCUUGUGGCAAAAUGGUUCUGGUAUUAACGCCAUCAACUACUACUCGCCAACUGUUUUCAAGAGCCUUGGUAUUACAGGAACUAACACUGGAUUCUUGACCACUGGAAUUUUUGGCGUCGUCAAGACUGUUCUUACCUUUGUCUGGCUUUUCUGGUUGAUUGAUCGCCUUGGCCGAACUAAGCUCCUCAUGUUUGGCGCAGCAGGAGGAUCGCUCUGCAUGUGGUACAUCGCCGCCUACAUCAAGAUUGCGGACCCAACGCACCACGUAAACACCAGCGGCAAGCUUUCUUCAGGCGGAAUCUCAGCAGUCUUCUUCUUCUACCUCUGGACUGCCUUCUACACGCCAUCCUGGAACGGUACACCAUGGGUUAUCAACUCUGAAAUUUACUCGCCGGCUACGCGCUCUUUGGGUCAAGCUUUCGCAGCCGCAAAUAACUGGUUCUGGAACUUUUUGAUCUCUAGGUUCACACCCCAGAUGUUCCUCAAGAUGAGCUACGGCGUGUACAUGUUCUUUGCAAGCCUUAUGAUUCUCUCGAUCCCCUACGUCUACUUCCUCAUCCCAGAGACAAAGGGCAUCCCUCUCGAGAAGAUGGAUGAGUUGUUUGAGAUCAAGCCUGCGCACAAGGCACACAAGAUAAUGCUUCAGAGGCUAGGCGAGGAGGAGCACGUGCAUUACGCCUUGAGGGAAGAGAAGGCGAAGAACGAGCACAGCGAGAUGGUCUAGACUUUGGUGAGCAUCAGGAAUGGCCGCAAGGCUCGUCUCGAUCUACCAGUUUAAAUCGGAAACUGUGAGAGUCGGGUGCGAUUAUGUAUAUCCCAGUAAUGUUCGCAAUGUUUCAUGAUAGUCACGUUCUACUCAGUAUCGAUCAAUG